AAAGGAAGCCACACGUGCCAAAGAGGGCGAGGAGACCCGCGGCCCGCCUCUCUGCGGGGAAGGGGCCGCUUCCUGCGCGGGGGCCGCUUCUGGUGCCAGUCCGCCGCAAGCGCCGGGAAGCGAAGCCCUCCUUCUUUGCUUGCUUGCAGAGGGAAGGGGCUGCCGGCAGAGCACCUGCCUGGCCUGCAGAAGGACCCCGGGCCGGGCCCGACCCCUGCCUGGAACCCUGGACUGCCGCUGCCAGUCAGUGCAGGAACACCACAGGGAGAGGGAGCGACCGCCUCCCCGGCGCCUCUCCAGGGCGUUCGCCGCGCUCCCCGCCCUUCCCCUUCCUUUGUCUCCAGCCGCCGAGGGAGGGAGGGAGGGACGGAAGGCGCGCCGGGCCGCCCCUCGCUCCUCCUCCGCCGCGCGCAGGCUGGCGGGCGGGCGAGCGAGCCGCUGUCGGGCUCGGGCUGCGCGAUGGCCGAAGUGCGCAAGUUCACCAAGCGGCUGAGCAAGCCGGGCACGGCGGCCGAGCUGCGGCAGAGCGUCUCGGAGGCGGUGCGCGUCUCGCCGGCGCUGGAAAAAACGAAGGUGGUCGAACCCUUGGACUACGAGAAUGUCAUUUCCCAAAGGAAAGCACAGAUUUACAGCGAUCCACUCCGGGACUUGCUUAUGUUCCCCAUGGAAGACGUGUCUGUCUCUGUUGUCAGUCGCCAGAGGAGGACUGUCCACUCCACUGUGCCAGAAGAUGCUCUGAAGAAGGCUCAGAGUCUCUUUAUCCAAGAGUGCAUUAAAGCCUAUAGCUCAGACUGGCACGUUGUAAACUACAAAUAUGAGGAUUACUCUGGGGAUUUCCGAAUGCUGCCCUGUAAAUCCUUCAGGCCAGACAAGAUUCCAAACCAUGUGUUUGAAAUUGAUGAAGACUUUGAAAAAGAUGAGGAUUCCUCAUCGUUAUGUUCACAAAAGGGUGGCGUCAUAAAGCAAGGCUGGCUCUACAAGGCCAACGUCAACAGCACCAUCACAGUCACCAUGAAGGUGUUCAAGAGAAGGUACUUCUAUUUGACGCAGCUCCCCGAUGGCUCAUACAUCCUUAACUCCUACAAGGAUGAAAAGACUUCUAAGGAAUCCAAAGGCUGCAUCUUCCUGGAUUCAUGCAUUGAUGUUGUGCAGUGCCCCAAGAUGCGCCGCAACGCAUUUGAGCUCAAGAUGCUAGACAAGUACAGCCACUAUCUGGCCGCCGAAAGCGAGCAGGAGAUGGAGGAGUGGUUGGCAACCUUGCGAAAGAUCCAGAUCAACGCUGAGAGCUUGGUGGCAGAGAAGAAGGAGGCGGUGGAAUCCAUGCCAGAUGAUGAAUCGAGCAGCCAGGGAAAGUCAGAGAACAUCCUGGAAAGCUUAGAGAGGAGCAUGCAUCCGGAGCUGAUGAAGUAUGGAAGAGAAACUGAGCAGCUGAACAAGCUCAGCAGAAACGACGGGAGACAGAACCUCUUCUCCUUCAACCCAGAAGUUCAGAGGUUGGAUUUCUCUGGAAUAGAGCCGGACGUGAAACCUUUUGAGGAGAAAUGCAGCCGACGCUUCCUGGUGAACUGCCACGCCUUGACUUUCAACCUCCUUGCUCACCUGAACGACCACUCCGAGGGCCCGCCUACAAACGUGGAGCCAUUUUUUCUCAGCCUUGCCCUGUUCGAUUUGAAAAGCUGCUGCAAGAUUUCGGCAGAUUUCCACGUGGACUUGAAUUCUUCACCUGUGAGGGAGAUGCUUCAUAACACUUCUGCCCAAGAUUCCGGAAACAACAGCCACUCCCUUCAUGGAAUAACUGAAUUUCGCUUGUGCUAUGUAAAGCAAGGGGCCUUUUCUGUGACAAACCCACACACAGAGAUUUUCCUCGUCGCCCGGGUGGAGAAGGUGCUGCAAGGAAGCAUUACACACUGUGUGGAGCCCUACAUCAAGGCCUCCGACCCCGUGAAGACUGCACAGAAGGUCCACAAGUUCGCCAAACUGGUGUGCAGCCGUCUCGGCCAAUACAGGAUGCCCUUUGCUUGGGCCGCCAGACCCGUCUUCAAAGACUCCCAGGGCACUUUGGACCUCGAAGGGAAAUUCUCUCCCCUCUAUAAGCAAGACAGCAGCAAACUCUCUACGGAGGACCUCCUGAAAUUGUUGGCGGAGUAUAAGAAACCAGAAAAGACCAAACUACAAGUAAUACCUGGCCAGUUAAAUAUUACAUUAGAGUGCAUUCCACUGGAAUUUGCAAACUGUGUCACGGCCUCUUACAUUCCCAUCAAGCCCUUUGAGAAGGAGAACCAAGGUGACGGCAUUGCGGUUGAGGUGGAAGAGUUUAUCCCUGAGAUCGCAAAGUACUGCUGCCCUUUUACCAUCUACAAAAACCAUCUGUAUGUCUAUCCCUUGCAUUUGAAGUAUGACAGCCAGAAAACAUUUGCCAAGGCAAGGAACAUUGCUGUCCGCGUGGAAUUCAAAGACUCUGAUGAAGGGGACUCCAAAGCUUUAAAGUGCUUCUAUGGUAAAUCUCGGGGGCUCCUCCUGACAUCGAGCGCUUACGCUUGCGUGUUGCAUCAUAAUCAGAACCCAGAGUUUUAUGACGAGAUUAAAAUUGAGCUCCCAAUCCACCUCCAUCAAAAGCAUCACCUGCUUUUCACCUUCUAUCAUGUCAGCUGUGAAAUUAACACAAAGGGGACAGCGAAAAAGCAGGACGCCGUUGAGACAACAGUUGGUUUUACGUGGCUGCCUUUGCUGAAGGACGGCCGGAUCAUCACCUCUGAGCAACACUUGCCUGUUUCAGCCAACCUGCCAGCUGGCUAUCUGAACGUCGGGGAUACUGAGGCACGAAGGCCAAAUAUCGACGUCAAAUGGGUAGAUGGGGCAAAGGCUCUCUUCAAGAUCAAACUCCUCUUGGAAUCAACCAUUUAUACGCAAGAUCUCCACCUCCAUAAAUUCUUCCAGUAUUGCCAGAUGACCCAGGCAGGUGCCAAAGAAGCCCCAGGAGAACUUGUUAAGUAUCUCAAGUGUUUGCACGCCAUGGAGAUCCAGGUGAUGAUCCAGUUUCUUCCUGUGAUUCUUACGCAACUCUUCAGAGUCCUCACCAACUGGACGCAAGAGGAGGAAAUUGCUGUCAAUUGUACCAUGGUCCUCCUCCAUGUCGUGUCCAGAUGCCAUGAGGAAGGCCUUGACCACUACCUGAGGGCUUUCAUAAAGUAUUGCUUUCGGCCUGAGAAGCCCAGCGUGCCGCACGCUAAGAUGACGCAUGAAAUCUUGGCUGUUGCGAUGGCGACCAUUCUCAAGCAGUCGGCGGAUUUCCUGGCCAUCAAUAAGAUGCUGAAGUAUUCGUGGUUUUUCUUUGAAGCUCUGGCCAAGUCGAUGGCUACGUACCUCCUGGAUGAGAACAAGAUUAAGCUCCCCAGAGCUCAGCGUUUUCCCGAGUCGUACAAUCACGCUUUGCACUCGCUGCUCCUUGCCAUCAUCCCUCACGUGAACAUCCGCUACAGUGAGAUCCCAGAGGAGUCCAGAAAUGUCAAUUUCAGCCUGGCCAACUUCCUGAAGAGAUCCUUGACAUUCAUGGACCGGGGCUUUAUCUUCAACUUGGUCAAUGACUACAUUUCUGGAUUCAGUCCCAAAGACCCAAAGUUGUUGGUGGAAUACAAAUUUGAAUUCCUGCAGACCAUUUGUAACCACGAGCACUACAUUCCACUAAAUUUGCCAAUGACCUUUGCCAAACCAAAACUUCAGAGAGUUCAAGAUUUCUUUUCCACGGUUCGGGAACGGUUCACUUCAGUAGAUGCCAAUCUUGAAUACAGCUUGUCCGACGAGUAUUGCCGCCACCACUUCUUAGUGGGUUUGCUCCUGAGAGAGACGUCUGUUGCCCUGCAGGACAAUUAUGACAUCAGAUACGUGGCCGUCAGCAUCUUAAAGUGUCUUCUGAUAAAACAUGCUUUUGACAACAGAUACCAGCACAAGAACCAGCAGGCCAAAAUCGCUCAGCUCUACCUGCCCCUGGCCGGACUCCUUUUGGAAAACAUCCAGCGUCUGGCUGGCCGGGACACUCUGUACUCUUGCUCCACCAUGUCAAAUUCUGCAUCCAGAGAGGAGUUUUUGUGCAAUUUUACGUCGUCUUCCAACAGGUCAAGCCUCAUUGUUGACAAAGAUGCACUUUAUGGCACCGGUCUCCAGAACGGGCUCACCAUUAAGAGGGAGGACUCCAAAGGAUCUCUCGGCAACGAUGCAGGAGCUGGGUCUCCGGACCAGUGUAGCAAUGGCGAAAGUAUGCGGAGAAGUUCUACCCGCAGCAGCGUCUCCCAGUUUGGGCGGCUGGACCAGUAUGAGAUCCGGAGCCUCCUAAUCUGCUUCCUUUACAUAAUUAAAAUGGUUUCUGAAGAUACCUUGCUAAACUACUGGAACAAAAUAUCCCCCCAAGAGCUGAUGAACAUCCUUGUUCUUCUAGAAGCGUGUUUAUUUCACUUCAGAUAUAUGGGGAAAAGAAACCUUACCAGGGUCCAUGACGCUUGGUUGUUAAAGCAUGUGGGCAUUGACAGGAAAUCCCAGACGAUGCCAGCCCUUCGCAGCAGAGCUGGUGCCAUGCAGGCCCGUCUCCAACACCUGAGCAGCCUCGACAGCUCUUUCACGCUUAAUCACAGUGCCGGCACGUCAGAGGCAGAUAUUGUCCACCAGGCUUUGCUGGAGGGCAACACGGCGACAGAAGUUGCUCUCACAGUUCUGGACACCAUUUCAUUGUUCACCCAGUGCUUCAAGAACCAGCUUUUGAACAACGAUGGACACAACCCGCUGAUGAAAAAGGUUUUCGAUAUUCAUCUUGCCUUCCUCAAGAAUGGGCAGUCUGAGGCAGCCCUUAAGCACGUCUUUGCCUCUCUGAGAGCUUUCAUCAACAAGUUCCCUUCGGCCUUCUUCAAGGGGAGAGUGAACAUGUGCGCUGCCUUUUGCUAUGAGGUCCUCAAGUGUUGCACAUCCAAGCUCAGCUCAACACGAAAUGAGGCGUCCGCCCUCCUCUACCUCCUCAUGAGGAACAACUUUGAGUUCACCAAGCGGAAAACCUUUAUAAGAACUCAUCUCCAGAUCAUUAUUGCAGUGAGCCAGCUGAUAGCUGAUGUUGCGUUUAGCGGAGGGUCGAGGUUCCAGGAAUCGCUCUCAAUUAUCAAUAACUUUGCCAACAGCGACCGGCCAGUGAAGGCAACUGCUUUUCCUUCCGAAGUCAAAGACUUGACCAAGAGGAUCCGAACAGUCCUGAUGGCCACAGCUCAGAUGAAGGAGCACGAGAGGGACCCCGAAAUGCUGAUCGAUUUGCAGUUCAGCUUGGCCAAGUCUUACGCCAGCACGCCGGAGCUGAGGAAGACAUGGCUGGACAGCAUGGCCAAGAUCCACAUCAAGAACGGAGAUUUCUCUGAGGCAGCCAUGUGCUACGUCCACAUCGCAGCUCUAGUGGCGGAGUUCCUUUACAGAAAAAAAUUAUUUCCUAUCGGAUGUUCAGCUUUCAAAAAAAUCACACCCAAUAUUGAUGAAGAGGGAGCAAUGAAGGAAGAUGCUGGGAUGAUGGAUGUUCAUUACAGUGAGGAGGUCCUGGUAGAGCUGUUGGAACAAUGCGUUGAUGGCUUGUGGAAAGCAGAGCGUUAUGAAACCAUCUCGGAGAUUUCCAAGCUGAUCAUCCCAAUCUAUGAAAAGCGGCGCGAGUUUGAGAAACUUACCCAACUGUACAGAACCCUCCACGGCGCUUACACUAAAAUCCUGGAAGUGAUGCAGACCAAGAAAAGGCUGCUGGGCACUUAUUUCCGGGUUGCUUUCUAUGGGCAGGCUUUCUUUGAAGAAGAGGAUGGCAAGGAAUACAUCUACAAAGAGCCCAAGCUCACGGGCCUGUCAGAGAUCUCCUUCCGGCUGCUGAAACUUUACGGGGAGAAAUUUGGCGCUGAGAACGUCAAAAUCAUCCAGGAUUCAAAUAAGGUGAACGUCAAAGACCUGGACUCCAAAUAUGCACACAUUCAAGUGACUUAUCUGAAACCCUUCUUUGACGAGAAAGAGCUCUUGGACAGGAAGACGGAUUUUGAAAGGAACCACAACAUCAGCCGAUUCGUGUUCGAGACUCCAUAUACUUUGUCUGGGAAAAAACACGGGAGUGUGGAAGAACAGUGCAAACGGCGGACAAUCCUUACCACAUCCAACCCUUUCCCCUACGUCAAGAAGAGGAUCCCCGUCAGUUACGAGCACCAGGUCAAUCUGAAGCCAAUCGAUGUGGCAACCGACGAGAUAAAGGCAAAGACAGCUGAGCUGCAGCAACUGUGCACUGCACCAGAUGUUGACAUGAUCCAGCUCCAGCUGAAGCUUCAGGGCUCUGUUUCAGUGCAGGUCAAUGCUGGCCCGCUGGCCUAUGCACGGGCUUUCCUAGAUGACAAGCACUCCAGCAAAUACCCCAGCAAGAAGGUGAAUGAACUGAAAGAAAUGUUCAGCAGGAAGUUUAUACAGGCUUGCGGAAUUGCUCUUGAGCUCAACGAACGCCUGAUCAAAGAGGACCAGGCCGAAUACCAUGAAGAGCUGAAGUCCAACUUCAGGGACAUGGUGAAAGAACUUUCGGACAUCAUACACGAACAGAUGUACCAAGAAGAUACCAUCCAUUCCUCGUGGAUGCAGAACACCUUGCAUGUGUUCUGUGCCAUAAGUGGAACUUCAGGGGAUGGUUAUGGCUCCCUUAGAUCUACGCCUGACAUUUAAAAGAGACUUGGGAGUAACUCUUGACAUUCAACAGAUCUUUCUCAGGAAUACUUGGACUGUUACCGGGAAGAUGUUAACCUCCAAACACAUGAACAGAAUACGCUCAAUAUUUUUAUUUGUGUAAGUGGAAGCAACUAGCUUUCAAACAGGGUACUUGUUUAAUCCAGAGACCAACCAUGAAAGUGCCUCCCUGCUUUCCUUUUUAUAUCUUUUUAGUGUUGUUCUUUUUGCGUUCUUGAAAUCUGUACAAGACACAAAAGGCAUUUAUCAAACUGCAUUGUAGUGAAAAGACUGAACUUGAAAACGGUACCAUGUAAACUUGUACAAUGGAAUAUAAUAAGAUGUAGAACUGUUUUGUAGAUAA